GAAGAAGAAAAAGAAGAAGAAGAAGAAGAAGAAGAUCGGGUAGCGUCAGCGCUGCACGUUCCGUAUGUUAAAAGCAAGCUGAACUGUCCCAGGCCCCGAACAUUACCAGCAUGGACUCCUGGGUUCGGUUCAAUUCCCAGAGUCAGGCCAAGGAGAGAGUUUUGAGGGCCGCGCAGUAUGCCUGCAUGUUGUUGGGCUACAGUCUACAAAAAAGCAGGGUAGGCACUGACCUCCACAGAACUAUCAGUGACCUGGAGGCACAUAUGAGCCUGACAAGAAAGUUGCUGCGUCUGGGGAACUCUGUGGAGGCUCUGCAAGCAGCCAAGAGGGCCAUCCACCUUUCUGACAGUGUACUGAGGCUCUGCCUCACCAUCAGCCACCUUAACAGAGCCAUGUACUUUGCCUGUGACAAUGUGCUGUGGGCAGGAAAAACGGGCAUCAUUUCCAAACUGGAUCAACAGAAAUGGAGUCAGAGGUCUUUCAGGUACUACCUAUUUGCACUGAUCCUCAAUAUUACUCGAGAUGCGUAUGAGCUCUGCCUUCUGCUGGACUGUGACGAUCGUUACAAAAGUACCAAAUCCCCAUUGUCAUCCACUCCCAGCAGUGUCCUCCCUGCUGACCAUCUCUCCUCAUCAUCUUCUACCAUUCCAGUCACAGCGGCUCCUGCUCUCAUGUGGGUGCCGCUCCGCAGACGUUUCGAUCAAGUACAAACUGUCUUGUACAACAACCCACCACUACUGUUGGAUCUGCUGAAGAACGGCUGUGAUAUUUUUAUCCCUCUGGACAAGCUGGGGAUUUACCAGACAAGUCCAGGGUUUGUUGGGAUGUGUGGGAUGCUCUCAUCAGUCCUCUCUAUUGUGACCAUACUUCACCCUUGGCUGAAACUUAAGCCAUGAGCCCAGAUAAGCCACACAGAAUGGGUCAUCAUAGACUCUGUGACUGAAACGGUUCUGCUUUCACUGUUGCCCAUUAUGGUUCCAUCGAACAGCUGGUGGCCCAUUACAUCUUACCAAACGUAGCAAAAAAGAAACCGACAGAGGCAUGUCACUAAACCUAUAUGCACACGAGGUAGAAAUGUAACUGACAAUUCAAGUUGUUUUAAUUUGUUGUCUUGUUCUUAAACCCAUAACUGGAGAUAAAACAUCAGAGAGAUAUGUAAAAUAUUGUUUGCAAACUGCCUCAUAUUAUCUGUCCAUGCACGUAGCGGCAAUGUGUUUUUCUGUUCAUACCGGUAAUUGGUCUCUUUGGAGAAUGUAUCCAUUUUUGUGCUAAAACUGAUGUAUACUUGGCAUUUGUGGAGGCAUAAGUUUAUCCAUCCCUGUUGUUGCAGUUUGUCAGACGAAAAUAAUUAGGUACGGAUGUAAAUGGAGCAACAAAUUGGAUCCUAUUUUGCUAGACCAGUCUAGACUUUGCUCCAUAACUUAAAACUCAACUAAGAUACAACUAAACCACGUUAACUGGAUGCGCUGUCCAUUAUUCUUCUCACUGCUUUUUAAAUAUGAUGUGAAUGCUAGUUAUAGUAGCAUUCACAUAUAGAGUAUAUAUGUGCUAACUAACUCCUGGGGUGAGUUUAUCUUAACAAAAGUAAUCAAUGGUUCAGACGACAAUAAAAUAUUUAAACCUACACCUGGCUAAGGACCUCAAUAAAUUCCUUUAAUAACAUUACUGUGAUUUCAAAUAAUAAAUUUUAACGUGGUCAGAGAAA